ACACUGCACAAGCUGUCACUGUCAAGUGUCAAUAAAAAAUAAUACAAGUAAAAAACGUCAAAAACUAAAAGCUGAAAUCCUAGUGUGAUAAAUUUUCGAUUUCGAUUUUCAUUUCUGUAAUCGUACACUUUGUUCAAUAUGUCUGGCCGUGAAGGUGGUAAAAAGAAGCCCUUGAAGGCUCCAAAGAAGAACGCAAAGGAACUGGAUGAUGACGAUGUAGCCCUCAAACAGAAGCUAAAAGAGCAGGAGAAAGCUUUAAAUGAAGCAAAAGCAAAGGCAUCUCAGAAAGGCCCCUUGGUCAGUGGUGGCAUAAAAAAGUCUGGAAAAAAGUGACCAAAUCAUCUUUUCCAUUAAAACUGUAUAUUUAUUUUUAAAUAGGUUUAAAUUUAAUGUAAUCUAUAAGACGUCGAAAUCUUUUUAAUUUUUUUUUAAAGUAACUCUUCUUUUGAUUCUCUACUCUAUAAUAGUUUAAAGUUUUUAGAUUUUAAAGUACCUCAUAAUAGCCUUGAGUGUAAUUUUUUGAGUAAUAUAGCUUAUUUUUUCAUCAAAAAAAAGCUAAAAAACUUGUGACUAGAAAUCUGUCAAUUUUAAAUGAACUUUUUUCAAUGUAAAACUUCUAGGUAAACGCGUCCCAUCUUAGACCACAUCAUCACUUUCCAUCAGGUGUGAUUGUGGUCAAGCGCUUGCCUAUAGUGAAUAAAAAAAAUUGUUUUCGCAGAUAUGGACAUGUACGCUAGAUAAGUGCCCUUUAAAAUUACAGUUAUUUUUUGAAUUGAUUCAAAGUGCUGCACAGUGUACCAAGUACCAGGAAUUAAAAUUGCCACUUGCCGUCAAAUGGUACUUGUGUUUACACUAUGUUGGCUGAUUAUCUCAUUACUAACAUUUAGGUAGUACAACAACACUACUGUUAUCAGUGGCAAAAUGGCGGGUAAUCAAGUUACUUCAGAAACUAGCUGGCAAAAGCAUGUCCAGCGUACUUAUAUUAGUAGAGGUCAGCUAGUAAUGCUAUUAAUUUUCUCAUACAAUAUUGACAGUUAAGUGAGCUAGUUUUUAAGCAAAAAGUUGCACUCAAGACUUUGAAUAAAAUAAAAGCACUGCCAAUGUAGUGCCUGUUCCAAAUUGUAAGUUUUGCAUUUUGAAAUAUGCAUUGAUUUUAUUAAAUAAAUGUUUCAAAUUGA